UCUUCGAGACGGGAAAAGAGUUCUCGACGGAGGGAGGCGAAAGAGAGGAGAAGUGAAGAUGGCGAGAGGCUCCCGGUGUUUGAGAAGAGCGGUGGCGGAGUGUAUCAGAAACUUACCGUCCACAGCCAGUCGAGAAACACCGGGCAGGAAUGGAGUGAGAUAUCUGUCUUCAUGUGGAAUACUGAUGACCCGGGCGCCGCCCCUCUUCAGGGCUGUGUCAGGUCGUGCUGUGGUGGCUCCAGCCAGGAGCUUCUUCAACCUCUCUGAGUCCUUUAACAAGAGAAAGGAGUACUCUGAAAGACGUAUCAUUGGGUACUCAAUGCAAGAAAUGUAUGAGGUUGUGGCCAAAGUAGAAGACUACCUGCUGUUCGUGCCCUGGUGCAAGCGCUCGGAAGUUGUAUUCCGCCGCUCUGGAUUUUGCAAGGCCAAGCUGAGUGUGGGCUUCCCUCCUGUGGUAGAAAACUACACCUCGCUCGUUACUACAGUUCGCCCGCAUUUGGUCAAGGCAUCUUGCUCUGAUGGAAAACUUUUCAAUCACUUGGAGACGGUGUGGCGCUUCAGCCCUGGUCUUCCCGGCUACCCCCGUACAUGCACCCUUGACUUUGCUAUUUCCUUUGAGUUCCGCUCGCUCCUGCAUUCUCAGUUGGCCGCAGUUUUCUUCGACGAGGUCGUGAAGCAGAUGGUGUCAGCCUUUGAGCGCCGAGCGUCAAAGCUAUACGGCCCAGAGACAGCGAUCCCACGCGAACUGAUGUUUCACGAGAUCCACCACACGUAGUUCAUUCCACAGCUUCAGACGGAUGGGGAGGGGGUUGUUGUUCAGGGAACUGGGGGUUUUAUUGAAAGCAUACAUUUAGAGCAUUACAAAGACAGUUGAGAGAGCAGGAGCUCUGUGUGCCUGAAUAUCGUCAGUGCCUGGUCCAAACAAACCAGUUGAUUUCAUUUUUUUUUUUUUUUUUUUUUAAUGCUAAAAAAACAAAUGUGGCUGGAUCUUUUCAUGGAGGGCUUGAUUGUGCCAGCUGAGCCCUGCUCCACUGCCUCCAUGUUAACUUUUUAAAACCCGCUAUCAGUAUGGCAUCUUGAGCCGAAUAUAUUUUUAAUAUGAGGACCUUGAGAUGGUUUUUAAAACAGCUGCCAAAAACCAUAACGGCUACAUGAAUGUCACAAUAGACAAAGGUCAUGGGUUUCUUUGAGAGGACGUUAUUUUGAGAUUUUAUGGAAAGAUUGUCAUGUUACACAGUUUAUAUGACAGGUGAGUGAUGUAUUUAUUGAAAAGCUUUUAGGUGAUCCUUUAAGAUUUCAAGAAAGAGAUGAGGAGACUCAACUUGAGUGCGUGCGUCACGUGCGGAAGACUGACUGUUGCUGUAGCCAAAUGCACAAAGUACUAUCAGGGUAUCAAGGCUACACACUGGACUCAGGUCUGUUGUAUUCUUGCAUACCAGCACAAAAAGGGCAUGAAAAAUAAACGCUAAGAGGCCCCCUUUCACCAAACUGCCUUGCGUUAUACCAUUUUGCACAGUCAAGUUCUGGUAGUGGUGCUCCAGUUCACUCCUCGGAUGAUUUUAAGUGUCCAGAUUAAAGACUGCCUUUCUCUCCUAGAGGUGUGCAAUAUGUUUGUUGUUUUUAACAGACCUCUCUCCCAUCUACGAUAUCCACUGCUUCUAAAAGGGCCCAAACUCUGGGAAACGGAGUGGAAUGUUGCAAACUUUUCCCAGAGCUCUCAUCAGAUUGUAGUGAGGUAUCCAUCAACACAGACCUUUAAAGAUUCCAGUCCAUACCCUGCUAGCUUCCACAUGCUUACUGCCUUUUACAGAGAAGGUUACAUAUUAUUUAUCAUUAUCUUAAAAACAUGUAUACGAGUAUCCUGUAUUUAUUUUGGUUAUGGGUUAACCACGUGUACAUAUCCAGUGUAAGACUAAACUUUAGUGUACAAUUGAGGUAUAAAAAACAAAUGGAUAAUCUUUUUUCUUUUUUUCCUUCCUUCUGUCUUUUAGGGAUCUCUUUUUGUUUGUUUUAAUUUAGGUGUUUUAAUGAGUGUGUUGUGGGUGAAUAUAUAUAUAUAUCCUGCCUGCAUGGUUUAUAAACUAUUUUUUUUAUAUGUAAAACCUUGCCUUGUGUCUGUUUGUUUAUCAACAUCUGGUUCUGACAAGUUUCCACCCUUAAAAUAGGGUGAUCAUGUGAGGGAUAAUAUUAGAAGGCUUCUGAAUAACCUGUGUCAUGACCCCUAGUGGCCAGUGACAGUGAUGGCCCUGAGAUCUAAUUACAACUCUUUGGCUCUGUUGGAAUUAAAUAUUAGCAUUAUGCAAAAAUAAUAAAAUAGCCAUUGGAACAGUAAUUUAUUAAGCAGAUAGAAGUUUUAUUGUAAUCUAAAGGAACUCAUUCAUAAAAUAUUAUUAUUGGUAACUUGAUUACUGAAAGUUAUUAAAACUGUUUUAAAUGCUCCGUUAUAAUGCUAACGGAUUGUUAAUGUACAUUAAGAUAGUAUUUUUAUGAGCAUAAAUAUCUAUAAUUUAACCUGUGUGUGUGUGUAUAUAUAUAUAUAUAUAUAUAUAUAUAUAUUUAUUUUUUUAUUAUUUUAUCAUCAGCAGCAGCAGAUCUGUCACUAUGUGCUGUCUUGUUCCAAAAAAAAAAAAAAGUAUUGUAAAAUUAGUUAGUUUCAUGUAUCUUUGUGUGUGAUUAAGUCAAUAAUCUUUGUUAUUCCCUGGAAAUUUCAAAUAUGAAUGCAGCUAUCAAAUGUAGGUUUAACAUCAAACAUGCUUCAUUUUUAGGUGAACAUCUAAUUACUUAUUAUUAAAAGAUAGUGUUGUUGUAUUAUUCAUGUAAUUGUCAACAAGUGAAGACUUAACAUGAAAUCAGAAUGAACCUAUUUCUUAACAUGUUCCUGGUCCUAUCAGUACGUAUGAUAAAGAAACAAAUGUUUGUCUUUGUAACAGUCUAAAUGUAGUUCGCUUCACUUCUAAGAUAAUAGCCUUCAGACGUCACCGAGGCUGCUGAUGUUUUGAGGGGCGUAGUCUGGUAUCGAGGCUUGGCCUUAGUUUUGAGUGCCAUUUCAUGCCGAAUUAAUGAUAAAAUGUGGGCUAUAAGUUUAUCACUGUUUUAAGUUGAUUUAUACAAAUAUUUUUAUUGUAAAAUAUUUCUGAAAAGGAAGCCACUGACUGGCAUUAGCAGGACAAAACUCAUAUCUUUGUGAACACUGAAUUUUAUUAAAUAAAAAAUACAGAAUUAAUGACUA